GCGGGUUUCCGGGCAGGUCUCCAUGGCAACGGCACUUCCGCCCCUUAACUGGCAGUACCCAUCCUCGUCCAGCCUGUCAGCUUCGGUUCUGUUUCGGCCGCAGCCGUCUCCAAGGCUCGAACCUUCCGGGGAGCCAAUCAAAGACUUUGCUGCUUCCCCGCCCCUCCUCAUGGGAGAGCAGGUGCGGAGCAAAAGGAACAAAGACUAGGAGGGUCCGAGGAGCAGCGACACCGCUGAUUGGCUCCCAUGGCCCUGGGCCGGCCAAUGGGCUCGCUGGGCGAGGAGGUGCGCUACAGACCGCCCCGAGGCAGGUUGUGUGCGAGAGUUACUAGGGGCCCUGCUCCCCCACCUGCUGUGGCUCCCCAGUGCCUUAGGAGAGACCCUUGCCCCAUAGACCUCCAGCACAGGCCUCCGUUUAUCCGGUCAUCAGUCACUGCCCCCUCUUCUUCCUGCCGUGGCUCUGCAGUGGCUUGGGAUAGACCCCAGCCCCAUCAGGCCUCCAGCGCCAGCGCCCUUCUCUCUGGGCGUCCCACACUGCCCCCGCUUCUUCCUGCCGUGGCUCCCUGAUGCCCUGUCGGACCCGCAGUGCCAGCCGCCUUUUAUCUGGUCCUCAAUCACUGCCCCCUUCCUCUACCCACUUGGGCUCCCCAGUGCCUUCUGACCCCAAUCCCCGCCGACAUCCAGGGCCAGCCCCCUCUCCCUGGGCACCUCCCAUCCCCCCCCAGCCGUUCCCCCACGUCCCUGGCACCCACAGAGCCCAGAGGCGUGUCCCGCGUUUGCCUGGGGGGGGGGGCACAUGGUACUGCCUUUGUCACGGCUCCUUUACCUUCUCAGCUCUGCUCUGGCCCCAGAGGAGGAGGCCGGCCGGCCAUGGCGCCCGUGCUGCAGACCCUGGGGUCAGUGACCUUCAGAGACGUGGCUGUGACCUUCACCCCGGAGGAGUGGGGGCGCCUGGACCCCUCUCAGAAGGAGCUCUACCGCCAAGUGAUGCUGGAGAACUACCGGAACCUGGUCUGCCUGGGGCUGGCCCUUCCCGAGGCAGAUGUGAUAGAGCAGCUGGAGAGAGGGGAAGCCCCCUGGGGGCCGGAGGGAGAUGUCCCAGGAAGCAGCUGGGCAGAUUGGGAACCUAGGUCUGAAACCAAGGAAUCACCUCCACAACAGGGUCUUUCUGGACAAGAAUCAUCCCAGGAAAGACUCACCAAGAAUAGCCCCACUCUCUCCAGAUUGGGAGAAAACCAGUCAAUUAAUACCAGGUUAUUGAAACAGCAAAAGAAGAAGCCUUCUAGACAAAAACCCAGCACCCCAAGGAAAAGUUCCGGUAAAGUGAGAAACCAUAAGUAUAACAAGUUGAAUCCAGAACCAGUUCAUUUACCACAACAAAGAGAAUCAAGGGGAAAGAGUCUCCAUAAACAUGAUAUACAUAGAAAGAGCCUCAAAAUAUAUUCAGACCUAAGAAAGUGUAAUAAAAUAUGCCCAAAGAAGACAUUUUCUAAAUUUAAAGUUUGUGAGGAAUCCUUCAGUAACAAUUCGGACUACAAUGAAAAUGAGAAAACUGGAGAGAAACCUUUUGUGUGUAAUGAAUGUGGGAAAGGCUUCGUUCAGAAGAUGUGUCUUAUUCAGCAUAAGAGAAGUCAUACUGGAGAGAGACCCUAUGAGUGUGGUCAAUGUGGGAAGGCCUUCUAUCAGCAAGGACACCUUAUUCAACAUCAAUCAAUUCAUACUGGAGAAAAACCUUUUAAAUGUAAUGAAUGCUCUAAAGUCUUUCGCUUGAGCACGGGGCUUGUGGAACAUCAGAAAAUUCACACUGGAGAGAAACCUUAUAAAUGUAACGAAUGUGGGAAAGCCUUCCGUCACGGAUCCCAUCUCACUCAACACCAGAGAAUUCAUACUGGAGAAAAACCUUAUGAAUGUAAUGAAUGUGGAAAGACCUUCCGACAUAGUUCACACCUUACACAACACCAGAGAAUUCAUACUGGAGAUAGACCUUAUAAAUGUAGUGACUGUGGAAAGGCCUUCCGCCAUGGGUCACAGCUUACCCAGCAUCAAAGAAUCCACACUGGAGAGAAACCAUAUGAAUGUAAAGUUUGUGGGAAGGCCUUCCGACAAAGUACACAACUUACUGCACAUCAGACAAUUCACACUGGAGAGAAACCUUAUGAGUGUAAUGAGUGUGGGAAGGUCUUCCGCCAGAGUAUACAGCUUACCACACACCAGAGGAUUCACACUGGGGAGAAACCAUAUGAAUGUAAUGAAUGUGGGAAGUCCUUCCGCCUGGGCACAAGCCUUAGUGAGCAUCAGAGAAUUCACACUGGAGAGAAACCUUAUAAAUGUAAUGAGUGUGGAAAGGCCUUCCGUUUAGGCACAAGACUCAGUGAACAUCAGAGAAUUCACACUGGGGAGAAACCUUACGAAUGUUCUGAGUGUGGAAAGGCCUUUGGCCACAGCUCCCAACUUACUCUACACCAGAGGAUUCACACUGGAGAGAAACCAUAUGAAUGUAAGGAGUGUGGCAAGUCCUUUAGGCAGAGCAUACAGCUUACCCUGCACCAGAGGAUUCACACUGGAGAGAAACCUUAUGAGUGCAAUGAAUGCGGGAAGACCUUCCGCCAGAGCACCCAACUUACGGUACACCAGAAAAUUCAUAGUGGAGAGAAACCCUACAAAUGUGAUGAAUGUGGGAAGACCUUCCGCCAGAACACACAGCUCACUGUACACCAGACGAUUCACAGUGGAGAGAAGCCCUAUAAAUGCCUGGAAUGUGGCAAGUUUUUCCGCCUGAGCACGGGGCUCAGUGAACAUCAGAGAAUCCACACUGGAGAAAAACCUUAUAAUUGUCAUGAAUGCGGAAAGACCUUCCGCCAUAGCUCUCACCUUACUCGCCAUCAGAUGAUACACACUGGGAAAAAACCUUUUGAAUGCAGUGAAUGUGGGAAGUCCUUCCCCCAAAGUGCACAACUUACCCGACAUGAGAGAAUUCAUACUAGAGAGAAGCCCUAUAAGUGUUUUGAAUGCGAGAAGGCCUUCCGCCAAUAUUCACAGCUGGUUCGACAUAAUAAAAGUCAUACUAGGGAUAAACCUAAUGAAUAUAACAAAUGUGAGAAGGCUUCCAAAAUGCCCAGAGCUCUUAAUAGAAAUCAAAACCUGUAACCUGGAGGUUAACUGAGUGUAAUGAAUGGAAGAAGUAAUAGGUGCUGGAUGGAACCAGUCAGGUAACAUAGUGGAGAGACCCCUGGAACUGGAAUCGGGAAAAUCUGAAUUCAAAUCUGGCCUCAGAACUUUCCCAGCUAUCAUGUGAACACUAGGCAAGUCAUUCAUCUCCCUCAGCCUCAAUUUUCUCACUGUAAAUGAGGAUAUUACCACCACCAACCUCUCAGUCUUGUGAUAAGGUUCAAAUAAGAUAACUCUCUGUAAAGUCCUUAACUAACCUUAAAAGCACCAUGUACAUGUCACUUAUCAGAACUACCAAUAACAAUAAUAAAUUCUUGUUGAUUAAUUGAAUCUUGGCCUGAAUUUUAAUAGGACUUACUCAACUUUGAGGAAUGCAUGACAGUGAGAAACCUUAUUAAGGUAAUGAUUGAGGAAAGACUUUCUUCCAGAGUUAAUGGUCAAUUUGUGCUAGAGGAAAAAAAAACAUUGUGACGGCCAACAUAGAGACUGGCAUGGUUGCUUUGGGCUGUAAAGGGUUGGGGGUCUUGGGCACACUUCUGGAGCCAAGGGAAGCACCAGCAAAACCAAGGGGAUCAAUGUUCUUGUCAACAAUUCUAAAGCCAAGGAAAGCACCAGCAGAGCCAAGGGGAAUGGAGGUUUGGGGCACAGCUCUAGAGUCAAGGGGAGCGAGGGUCUUGGGCACACUUCUAGAGCCAAAAGUAGCGAAGGCUUUGGCGCACUUCUAGAACCAAAGGGAGUGGGGGUCUUGGGCACACUUCUAGAGCCAAGAGGAGCACCAGCAGAGUCAAGGGGACCUGUGGUUUUGGGCAUACUUCCAGAACCAAGGGGAGCAUUGGUCUUGGGCACACUUCUAGAGCCAAGGGGAGCACCAGCAGAGCUGUAGGGAAAUGGUAGAAAAAAAUGUAAAUUUUCUUAUUGGAAAGACAACUGACCUAGAAAAUAGAACCAGGAGAAAGAAAAUA